UGGGGUUUUUAAUUGGGUGACUCAGCCCAUCCAAGCCUGACUAUCAUUUUCGUGUGUCACUUUGUUAAGACUUCCUGCGUCACUUUACCCAGAAAGCUACAGAAAGAAGAAGAAGAAGAACAAGAAGAAGGAAUCGACUAUCGAGCAUGAGGGCGACCAAGUCUCCGAUCCACGCCGUGUCGACAUGGGUGAGGAGACAGCCUCCAAAGGUGAAAGUUUUCCUUGCAGUUGCGUCGGGCAUAACGGCUCUUGUUCUGCUGAAGUUCAUCGUUCACGAUCACGACAAUCUUUUCGUCGCCGCCGAAUCUGUUCAUUCCAUUGGAAUCUCUCUUCUUAUCUAUAAACUCACCAAGGAAAAGACUUGUGCUGGAUUGUCAUUGAAAUCACAGGAGCUAACAGCUGCAUUUCUAGCUGUGAGGCUUUACUGCAGCUUGGUUAUGGAAUACGACAUACAUACCAUUCUUGACUUGGCUACUUUGGCGGCAACACUAUGGGUUAAUUUUAUGAUCCGUUAUAAGUUAAAGGCUAGUUACAUGGAGGACAAAGACACACUUCCUCUCUAUUAUGUCCUUGUGCCCUGUGCUGUGUUAGCUGUGUUGAUCCAUCCAUCAACUUCACAUAAUAUAUUGAAUAGAAUAUCCUGGGCAUUCUGUGUCUACCUGGAAGCUGUUUCAGUACUGCCACAGCUGAGAGUGAUGCAGAACACCAAGAUUGUGGAACCCUUCACGGCUCACUAUGUUUUUGCACUAGGAGUUGCGAGAUUCCUUAGCUGUGCGCACUGGGUCUUACAGUUAGUGGACACCCGGGGACACCUGCUAGUAGCACUGGGAUACGGACUAUGGCCAUCGAUGUUCUUAAUCUCAGAAGUCGUGCAAACAUUCAUCUUGGCAGACUUCUGUUACUACUACGUUAAAAGUGUUUUCGGAGGCCAGCUUGUUCUCCGGCUCCCCUCUGGAGUUGUGUAAAUAAAAAAAAA